AGAAUAGCUCCGCUAUCCGACUCCUGCUGGAGGGGCCGUGGCUGGUCUCCUCCGCCGCUAUCUCCUCGGGGCUGACAUUUGAGCCCGGCUCUCCCUGGCCAGCAACGGGACGUGUGUCGGGGCCCUCCGACAUCACCCGGCUCCUCUGUCCUUCCUCCUGGCGCAGCCGGGGACAAGCGGCAGGAUGGCGGGCGGGAGGCGGCGUGGGGGUGGUGGGCGGCAUGGGGGACCCCGGCAGCACCCAGGGACCCAUGAACCAGCCCCCUCGCCCACACCCGUCUCUCCCACAGCCACCACAGUGCAGCAAAAGGCAGGUGCUGCCCCUAAAACUGGCCGGCCCAAGAAGCCUGUGGAGGAGCCAGCAGCAAGGGGACCCGACGUGGACUCACUGGGCUUCCAGGCCAUGGACCGCAACGUGCCGGGGCUGUCCCAUGUCAUCCUGCAGAAGCUCAACAUGAAGAGCUACGAGGACUACAAGUCUGCCAUGGAUGGGAGGAAGAGCGGCAGUGAUUUCGGCAUCCGGACUUACUUUGACAUGUUCCAGAAGAUGGAGGACACCUUCAAGUUCUGUGCUGAAUGCAAAAAGCUCCCCGAUGCCCUCCCUGACCCCAAAAGCCUACGGCGAUGCAAGAGGUGCCAGAACGUGUACUACUGCGGCGUGGCAUGCCAGCGUGCCAACUGGCCGCUGCACAAGAAGUUCUGCAAGAAGCUAAAGCUGGUGGCUCUGGAUCGGCUGGUGGAGUGGCUCGUCUUCACAGGAGACAUCCCAUUCCCCACAGAGAGCUGGACAAAACCUGCCCAGGCCGUGGAGGGCUGGGAGGACUGGUUCUCCAUGCAGGGGCAGCUGGAGGAGAAGCUGAGUGCCAUCCUGGCUGGGCGGUACAUGACCCUCCUCUGGGCCAACGCUGGGAAGCCCCGGCCAGAGGACGCGGAGCUGCGUGAAUCUGUCCGGCGGCUGGUCACUGACUUCCACUCGCGGCCGCUCACCAUCGGUUUGGGGCUGCGGCUUUUCGGCAUCGACCCUCUCGCCAAGGCCCUCACUGUGCAUGUGGUGGGGGCAUCCCACGUUGAGACCCUCAACACCCGGCUAACAGACUACGAUGAGCUGAUGAAGAUGUUCCCAGGGCACUGGGGCAUAGAGGUGGUGAUGGUAGGGGUGGACGUGGUUGAUGGACCCAUCAUGAGGCCACCUCUGGCUAUGCCAGCACCUCAGGGAAGGGUCUAUCUCAGCAGCUACAAGGGGCUCUACCACGAUUUCUGGGAAAGCCACGUGGAGACGAAGCUGGCCGCCCGCCCUGACUUGGUGGUGGGCUUUCACCCAGGUUUCCACGCCUGCCCGGACCUUUUGGCAGGCUGGCUGCCCACCCUGCUGCUGCUGCGGGACUACCGCCUGCCCGUCCUCUUCACCGUCUACAGUGAGCAGGAGCUGAAGUCCUCCCUGCAGAUCCUGGUGGAGCUGGAGACACACAUCAUGGGCUUCGCUGCCAAUCCCUUCGCCUCGCUCCGGCCUGAGCAGGUCUACUCCAGCCCCAACAAAGCGCCCGUCUACUGCAGCUCCUACUACAUCGCACUGCUGGGACCGGCAGCAGCAGCCAUGCCAGGCACUGGAGAGCUGGAGGAUGAUGAUGGCUGGCAAGGAGAGGAGCCCAGUGCUGCCGGUGCUGCUGGAGACAUCUCCCCAGGGCUGGGCUGACCCCCUGCAGCCAGCACCAUCCUGCCUGCCCUGCCCUCCUGAACCCCAGCCCCUUGCUGUCCCAUCCCAGGACCACAUCUCCCCAUCCCGGGACUGAUGACCUGGCUGCCCCUCGCCACAUGCAUCCAGCCCCAGAGGACACAGCACCCUGGCACAGACACGGCAGCCCUCCACGGAGCCAAAUAAACCACCACUGGCAGCUGGA